GCUGACCAGUGAGUUUCUUCAUUUUCACUUUGACACAUUUCAAGUUGACCUCUUACUCAGAAACACACACACAUCCACACACACACACAUAUACUGUUCAGACUGGACACAAACACGCAGAGACAUGAUGGACAGGCUCAAGCUUUUUGGACCAGGAUGACUUCCUCCCUGUUGUCCCGUCUCUUCCUCCUUUUGGUGUCCUCCAUCAUGGCGGCCACAGAACCGGCCGGUUGCAAAAUCCGCAUCACGGACAAAGGACUGAACAUGCUGAAAUUUGAGACUCAGAAGUUUGUGGAGGAGGAGCUGAGUACCAUCACCAUGCCAGAGAUGACGGGCGCCGAGGGACGCUUCCAAUACAACAUCACUGAUGUGAAAGUAUCGGAGCUGAACCUGAACAACGCUGAUCUCAGCUUCCUUCCCGAGGUGGGCCUGCUUUUUGAUGUCCAGAACUCGUCCAUCACGCUGAGCUUCCACAGGCAGCUUCUCUACUGGUUCUUUUACGACGCAGGAUACAUCAACGCUUCCGCUGACGACGUCAACAUCAACACGGCACUCAAGCUGAUACGAGACCAAGAUGGCCGACUGCAGAUCAGCAACAUCACCUGCGAAGCCAAAAUCAAUAAGAUGAGGGCAAAAUUCACCGGCACCCUUGGGAGAGUUUAUGACUUCUUUGCAAAGUUCCUCACCACCGGCCUGCGCAUCCUCCUUAACCAAAAGAUCUGUCCAGCUCUGAACCACGCAGCUCUGGUCCACAUCAACUCUAUGCUGGCGACAAUACCGGUGAGGACAAAUGUGGACAACUACAUUGGGAUCGAUUAUUCCCUCAUGGAUGAUCCCAUGGUGACCUCUCGCAGCCUGGAUAUGAACUUCCGAGGAAUGUUUUACAACCUGGCCGAAGAGAACGACACAUUGGUGAACUACGCAGCAGAGCCUCUGAUCAGAGAGUACGACAGGAUGGUCUACUUGGCUCUGUCAGAGUUCUUCUUUGACAGCGGCUUGUUCUCUUACUACAAGGCAGGAAUCUUCCAGAUGCACAUCAUAAACGAGAAGAUGCCAAAAGAUCUGGAGAUGCUGCUGAGGACUACCUACUUUGGAACCAUCAUGAUGAUGAAUCCCGCGCUAAUGGACUCUCCCGUGUCUCUCCAACUGGCCGCCAACUCGCCUCCUAAAACCACCAUCAAGACAUCCGGGGCGACAGUUGCCAUGACAGCCAUCGUCAAGGUGAUGCUGAUGCCAGCAGGUCAAGCUCCGAUCCAGCUCAGCAGCAUGACCAUGGAAACAAAAUUUAACGCCAAAGUUACAAUGAGAGGAAAGCGUCUGGCCGUCCACGCUGACCUACGCAAGUUCAAAAUCUUCUCCAAUCAAUCCGCACUGGAAUCUCUGGCGCUGAUUCCUCUGCAGGCUCCUCUGAAGACCAUGCUGAAAAUGUCUGUGGUUCCUUUGAUCAACAAUUGGACAAAGCAAGGCGUUCAGAUUCCUCUGGCUGAUGGGAUAGACUUCAUUGAGGAAGUGGUGGAAUAUCACAACGGUUUCAUCAUCAUUGGAGCCAACCUCUACUUCAGCAAAGGCCUGAGCGCGAUGGUGGCUGGCAGCGCCCAGUAGAAACAAAGGCACCAUCCCGUCAACCCUUUUGUUUUCCACAAGACACUACCAUAUUUUGCCCUCAUUUCCAAUAGUCCUUCAUUUUUUAUACCAUAAAUGUACUGUUGGUUUACUUUAAUCAAAAGCUGCAUAAUACCAAUAUCCACACUUGAGCCACAAAAAUGUGCGAGUACAAAAUGGCAACGCCUGGGCGGAAAGCAAUUGUGACAGCUUUUUCUGGUAAAUGUCCAUAAUUUUCAAAUGUAAAUGUCGACCGAGUGUUUGCUUUGUGGUCACCAUGGCAACGGCACAGAAUCUAACGUAGCAUCAACAAGCUAAGUUUAAUGACGUACUGUGACUUGUUUGCCAGCACACUUUAUUUAUCCAUAGUGUCCUUAUGAAGUGAAAUGACAAUAAAUCAUGAUACCAGUCUGUCAAACAAAAGUCA